AUGCCCGAUUAUGUCACAAUCCUCAAAGAACUAGUUCCGAAAGGAAAACGCACAGUGAAAGUUGACAUUUCCAAUCUCAAAUGCAAGAUUUGCGAACAAAACUACACAGAUCUAGACGCAGUACGGAAACAUCUGACGGCGGAUCACGAGAAAGCUUUCACAGCUUCAGGUAACGGUGUUGUGGCGUACAAUUUAACACCAAGGAAUGGACAGUUUUUAUGUCACAUUUGUGAUAAAAUGUUCCAAUCGUUUAUACUGCUGAAUCGACACAUGAACGUGCAUUUUAGCAACGCUGUAUGCGAAACAUGUGGCGCUGGGUUCAUGACACACCAGCGUCUAAUACAGCACAAAGAAAUACACGCGCCAGGAGGAUACCCUUGCGGAAAAUGCCAAAAGGUUUACACAACAAGCUCAAACUUGAAAUACCAUAUCGAGAAGAGCCAUGAAGGCGCUACAAAGAUGCGAAUGUUGCGCUGUCCCCACUGUCCUGAGCGUUUCACUGAACACUUUAGAAAGCUGAAGCACCUCAAAGAUUCUCAUGAUGUAACGUUCACAUUUGAAUGCGACGUAUGUAAAUCUGUUUUCCCUAGUCGCAGAGCCCUGACAAUGCACACUAACAAAUUCCACACAAAGAAGACGCAAUGUAACAUUUGCGCAAAAAGUUUUAGUUGCAUUACGACCCUGAAGAAACACAUGGUUUCUCAUACCGGCGAAAGGAACUUCGUGUGUAGGAUCUGUCAGAAAUCUUACCGCCAUCAAAAGAGCUUGAAGCACCAUUUGCAAAUCCAUGUCAAUGGAGACAGUAAUAAGUUCUUUUGUUCCGAAUGUGGAAGCGGAUUCUCUACCCGGGAUGACUUCAACAAACACGUCAAAGACUGGCAUACACGGUGCUUGUUCGAUUAUGGGGCAUGUUAA